CUGGACUCCCACAUGCUCGGGACUUCCGAUCCGAGCUGUUCACUCUGUAUGCGCCCUUCGCUGGCUGCAACAUGACUGGCGCGCGGUGUCCACCCCGCAACCCCGCUCAAGUCCGACUCGGCAUUCGGCAUCUCGGCAACCACACAUCCACAUCUCCAUCGCCCACCACUACAUAUCCUCUGCGACCUCACCAUGUCUGCCGCACCAUCCAACUCCACUCCCGCCCCCUCCAACGCCAUGUCCGUCGCCGAAACACGCAAGCUCGUGGACUGGGCCGUGCGCCUCAAGUACAGCGACAUCCCUCCGGCGACGGUGGAGAAGACGAAGCGCCUGUUCGCCGACUGGGUGUUCUGCGCGUUCGCCGGCGCGGGCUACCGCACCAUCGACGGCUUGAAAGCCGUGGCAGACGAGACGGGCGGCGCCGCCUCCGGCGCCUGCAGCACGUUCGUGGGCGACAAGCGCCCGCCAUACUGGGCAGCCUACAUCAACGCGGGCGCCGGCCACGUCGUUGAGCAGGACGACCUGCACAAUGCGUCCGUCGUGCACCCCGCGACCGUCGUGUUCCCGGCCGCGUGGGCGGCCGCGCAGAGCCGCGGCGCGUCCGGCGCCGACUUCAUCGCCGCCUCGGUCGUCGGAUACGAGGUUGCGUGCCGCGUCGGGCGGCUGCUCGGGCGCGAGCACUACCGCAUCUUCCACUCGACCGCGACGGCGGGCACGCUCGGCGCGGCCGCCGCGACGGCGCGCAUCCUCGGCUUGGAUGCGGACAAGACGCUCGACGCGCUGGGCAGCGCGGGCACGCAGGCCGCCGGCCUGUGGCAGUUCCUCGCGACCGCCGCCGACUCGAAGCAGGUGCACUGUGCGCACGCUGCCGGCACGGGCGUGCAGUCGGCGUUCCUCGCCAAGCACGGCGUGACGGGCGCGCACGACAUCCUCCUCGGCCCACAGGGCAUGUUUGCGGGCAUGAGCAAGGGCACGCCGGACGCGUCCGUCCUCCCCUUCGACGACAAGUACGAGGUCGACGCGACGAGCUUCAAGUUCCACGCGUCGUGCCGGCACACGCACCCGUCCGCGGACGCGCUGCUGGACAUCAUUAGCGAGAACGACCUCGCCCCCACGGACAUCGCGCGCGUCGAAUGCGGCGUGCACCAGAGCGCGCUCGACGUGCUCGGCCCCGCCGAGGGCGCCGCGUCCGUCCACCAGUCCAAGUUCAGCAUGGGCUUCGUGCUGGGCGCCAUCGCGAACGGGCGCAGCGCGCAGCUCGCCGACUUCUCCGACGCACGCUUGAAGGACCAGGCCGUCCGCGACUUCCAGAAGAAGGUCCACAUGUACCUCGACCCCAAGGUCGACGGGGCGUACCCCGCCAAGUGGACGGCGCAGGUCAAGGUCACGACGACGGACGGGCGUACCUUUGAGAAGUUUAUGGAGACGCCAAAGGGCGACCCAGGCAACACGCUCAGCGACGACGAGCUGCUCGCCAAGUGGCACAAGCUAAUUGGGUAUGCGGGGAGCAGCGUCGAUGUCGACACGCUCGCCAAGGAGCUCCUGGCGCUCGAGAAGCGCGAGUCCAUGGACGGUCUGAUCUAGCCCUGGGAAAGAGGGGCGUGUGUGAGAUUUGUAGCAUGCGGAUGCAGCAUAGCAUAGAAGGGAAA